UCUUCCCUGUCACGGGCAUUAGCAGCAGUAGCAGAAGUAUCAUCAUCACAAGUAGCACAAGUAUCAUCGUCGUCAUCAGAAGCGGCAGAAACAGAAGGAAAACAUCACUAUUAAUAGCAGCAACGGUAUCAUCACAAUGUCAUAAGUAGCAGAAGUGUCAUCGUCCUCCUCACCAGUAGCAGGGCAUCAAGGUGGUGAUCGACACCGCUGAUAGGUGCCGCCGCUCCCAGUCUGCGAGCUCCUCUUAUUGCCACUGCCGGGAGGACGGUGGCGUCCCAUGAGUCGCGGCGACCCAAGCGCGGCGCUAUGGACGUGACCCCCCCGCGCGCCGCCGAUGGCUGCAGCAAGGCGCAGCUUUCGUCCCGCGCCACCGCCUUCUCCAUCGCCGCACUCAUGUCGCGCAGCAUCAGCGGCGGCAGCGGCAGCAAAGAGCAGCACGAGGCGCCCCCUUACGGGUCUGCAGAGGCUGGAGAGGUAGGAGCUCACAAAGAGGACACAAUUCUGGCUCCUAAGGACUUGUACCAGCGCAGAAACUCCGCCGCCCCCUGCAGUGACCAGGAGCUGGAGCGCAUCGCGUGCGCCUUGGAGACCAAGGAGCUGUGGGACAAGUUCCAUGAGCUGGGCACCGAGAUGAUCAUCACCAAGUCUGGCAGGCGCAUGUUCCCGACGAUCCGCGUGUCACUGAGCGGGGUGGAGCCGGACGCGCGCUACAUCGUGCUCAUGGACAUCAUACCGGUGGACCACAAGCGCUACCGCUAUGCCUACCACCGCUCUUGCUGGCUCGUCGCAGGAAAAGCAGACCCGCCUCUGCCUUCUAGGCUCUACGUGCACCCCGACUCGCCCUUCACUGGGGAGCAGCUCCUCAAGCAGAGUGUCUCCUUUGAGAAGCUCAAGCUCACGAACAACGAGCUGGAUCAGCACGGACACAUCAUCUUGAACUCGAUGCACAAGUAUCAGCCACGUGUCCACAUCAUCAAGAAGAAGGAGCACACGGCGUCCAUGCUGAACCUCAAGUCUGAAGAGUUCCGCACAUUCGUCUUCCUGGAGAGUGUCUUCACAGCUGUGACAGCGUACCAGAACCAGCUGAUUACCAAACUAAAGAUCGAUAGCAACCCAUUCGCAAAAGGGUUCAGAGACUCUUCAAGACUCAGUGACCUGGAAAGGGACAGCGUGGAGAGCUUGAUACAGAAACACACUUAUGCCAGGUCGCCCAUCCGGGCCCUGUCUGGGGAAGAUGACGUCUACCCUUGUGAUGACGAUCAGGGCUCUCAGUCCAAAGUGCCAGUCUUCUCGCAUACCAGUGGCGUGACGCUAAGUGCCUGGGUAAGUCAUGCAGGGCUGCCUGUCUUCCAGCCUUCAAUGGCAUCCCAUCCGGGGCCAGCACCCCACCCUCCUCCCUACAGUCAACUGGGGGUCCACCUAGCAGCUGCUGCCGCAGCCGCUACAGGCGCUGCCGGAAACGCGGCUGGUGCCCCAGCCCCGGCACACGCUGCAGGAGCCCUACAGGCCACGAGUCGGAUGAACCUGGCUGUGCCACCGCAGGGUGCUCCUCCUCUAUUUCCCACUUGCCCCGUGCCUCGCUAUCACCACCUUUUCCAGCAAGGCCCUUACGAAUCAACGCAGAGACUCAGGAACCACAAUGCCAUCAUGACACCGUUCGUGUAAACUCCUUAAGCGUUCCAGUCAUUACAAUACCUGGUAUAUUGACAUUGCAGAGCACUCUUUUUCAAAAUCAGUAUGUAAGAAGUGUAUGUACAAGCUAUAACCAACACUUGCUAAUAGUAAUGAAAAUAGGCAUUGCAUUCUGCUGAUAACCAGUCAAAUAACAUACAGUACUGUAAUGCCAUAUUUUCGCACUAAAAAACAAAUACUAACCCCACCAAUCUGUCAAGCAGUGGGUUUUGAACAACACCACAUUCACUAUUGAUGUGAACAUUGUUCUUAAGAAUGUUUUCCACAAGCACGUGUUCCAGAUGUGUGUGUGCGGAUCAUAUUUGAGUAAUGUCUUUAAAUUUACAUUCAUUUUAAAUGAUUAUUUAAAAAAGAAUGUAAUUCCAUUGUGACUGACACUAAGCAUACUGACUUCUGGUCAUAUGUAACCAACAUUUACGCAACAUUUAUCAAUUUAGCAUUUGUGCAUCGACAAUAAAUGUCGUUGGCUUAAGUGCAAGUGGAGUAUAUUUACAUAUAUUAAAAUUAUAUAAAAAAAAUUUAACUUUUGCCAAUUAGCAGCAUGCUAAAGUAUGAUAAAAGCUUUCACAACUGACACCUGGGAAGGCCUUCAUCCAAUAGCGGAUUGAUAAGGGUCGUGAAUUACUAUGAUUUCUUGUAUUCUAUGUUAAUGAAUGUUUUUUCUCCUUUUAAAAAUCUCUUAAACUAUUGUUAUUUUACCAGGUAAUGCUGACUGAGCUAUUUAGCUCUUUUUCAGAAGCGACAACUACCAGCACCAGACACAUCUUUAUGGAGAAAAAUAUAAAUUGCACCUUUGUGUAAAAUUUGGUGACGGAGCUCAAAAGCCAAACUUUGUAGCUACAGAGGUGGUGACCCAGGUUUCAGUUCCAACAACUCCAGAGAUGACAAGAGACACUGUAGUGUAGGCCACAGUCACUAUUAUUUCUGUUGUUUAUAUUCCUAUUGUGUUUGACUUGAUUGAUGGUUCUCUGAUUUGAAAAUUCAGGUCUCAUCUUAACCAUAUUCCCAUUACAUGUGUCACAGGCACUCUCACUCGUCACACUGUAAGUGUUAUAUUCAUUGGCUACUGUAGUGAUGUGAGCUGCAAUAUAUUUUGCAGGGAAUUCCCAAUAUUAUUUCAGAAACUGCCAAUCACCCAUUCUUCCCUACGGUGUGUGUGGUCUCACAGAGUAAGAAAACGAGUUUGAACACUUUCAUACAGUUACACAUAGACUAUUAUCAAAUUUUACUAUUUAUCUUCGGCUAAAUUGUCUUGAGAUUCAAUCAUAUUCAGAGACUUUGUAAAUCCAAAAUAUGCUGUAUUUUCGAAAAUGUUAAACGUGUAUUUUUAUUUGCAACACAUCAGUUGUUACAUUUUUUCUGUAAUGUGAUCAUUAUUUCUGAAUGGUAUUGUAGCUUUCACUUCACUUGGUACUGCUGGUUGCUCUGUACAAUUAACACAAAGAACAAUGCUGAUUCUAUGACAACUAUUGCGUGCAAAUUGCAGGAGUAUACAGAACGGUCUAUGACUAAUUUAUCAUCCAUUGAUUCGUAUCGUCAAAGCGGAUCCUCAUCACACAGUCGAGGCACUACAUAGUAGUCUCCAGAUGAUACAUUUAGGUGUACUGCAAGUGCAAGUUCUUAUCGUAAAUGCUCUCAAAUUGCACCAUGCACGAUAUGUCUACACCUUCAAUUAUUACCACGAUCACUACCGCAAGGCAAUGGGAAAGGUUCCCUGUGUGCACUUGAGGAGGCGUUCAAUGCCUGCACAACACUGCAUCCCAACAGAAAAACGGUGGCAAAAUGUUAACUCCCUCUCCUAGUAUGUAGGAGGCCAUAGGUUCGAUCCCGAUCCCGACCCUGACACCUGUAUAUUUUGAGUUUGCAUGUUCUCUCCGUGGUUGUGUGGAUUUUUCUCCAGGUCCUCUGGUUUUCCCUCCAUAUUUAGAAGCAUGCAUUAAGAGUAUGUGGUGUUUAUCCAUGUACACAGGACAAGGUAUUUUAACGCGCUAUCGUUUGUGGCUAGGUCACUUCUGAAAGGGAACUGUGUCACUCAGUAGGUCUUACCUGGUA